ACGUCUUACGUCACGUCUUCCCGGCGCAUGCGCGCUGCGCCCCGCCGCUCGCCUCAGGAGCUGCUCCCGUCGCCUCCGUAUCCCGGCUCCUUUACCGGUAGCUCCGGUUCUCGUGGCCGCGAUCGUGAAGCUCCGUUACCGGACCUGCAGGAAGCGCCAUGGGCCGCUCGUCCAAGGACAAGCGGGACAUCUAUUACCGCCUGGCCAAGGAGCAGGGCUGGCGCGCCCGCAGCGCCUUCAAGCUGCUGCAGCUGGACCAGCGCUUCCAGCUCUUCCAAGGUGUCCAUCGUGCCGUCGAUCUCUGCGCAGCGCCUGGGAGCUGGAGCCAGGUGCUGAGCCGCAACCUGAGGGGCACAGCGGAGGCCCCAGCGCAGGUGGUGGCUGUGGAUCUCCAGGCCAUGGCGCCGCUGCCGGGGGUGCUGCAGAUCCAAGGGGACAUCACCAAGGCCUCCACAGUGCAGCAGAUCCAGCGCCACUUCGAGGGGCACUCAGCCGACCUGGUGGUCUGUGAUGGGGCCCCUGAUGUGACAGGGCUCCAUGACCUGGACGAGUACAUCCAGGCUCAGCUCCUAUUGGCUGCUCUCACCAUCACCACACACGUCCUGAAGAAGGGGGGCACCUUCGUGGCUAAAAUCUUCCGGGGUAAGGAUGUGACCCUGCUCUAUGCCCAACUGCGCCUGUUCUUCCCCAGCGUCACCUGCGCCAAGCCCCGCAGCAGCCGCAACUCCAGCAUCGAGGCCUUUGUGGUUUGCCGGGAUUACAGCCCCCCCGAGGGCUUUGUGCCCACCAUGGAGAACCCCUUGCUUGAUGCUGACCUGGCCCUGCCCCCGCUCUCGGGCCCCUCCCGCAUCCUCGUCCCCUUUGUGGCCUGUGGGGACCUGAGCGCCUACGACCCCGACCGCACCUACCCACUGCAGGACAAGGCCUAUGGGGCUCUGGGCGCUGCCAUAAGGAACCUCCACAGCCAGGAGGAGCAGCAUUUGGCCUCAGUGAGGACGUGGCUGCAGGAGGACCAACAGGACAAUGAGUUCCUGCAUCAGCGGCUGAAGGAGCUGGAGGAGGCAGCAGAGCUGGAAGAGGCCUGGAGCAGGCGCUGCUGGCGCGGAGACGUGGCUUCUGGCACUGGCUGCUGUUCCUGCUCGCGCUGUUCCUGCUCCUGGCCCCGCCCUUCGCCCUCCGCUGCUUCCGGGGGCCACUUCCGGAAUGAGCCUGGGCGCCGCCAUCUUGGACAUCGGCACUUCCGGUUCCGGGGGUGGGGCUUGUGUAGAGCGGCCGCGGCUCCAUGGGGUUCUAUGGUGAUGACGUCACCGGAAGUCAGCUCCAUCUCUGACGUCACAGAGGCCAUGAUGUCAGCCCCUUUAUUAAAGCUUCCCCCCCCCCGGGGUCACCCGAGGGUCACAGUGCAAAGGUCAAAUGUCCCUGAGAGAGAGUGUGGCAGAACAGGGGUCAAAGUGCAAAUAAGUGCCUCACGCCACGCCCCCUCCCUUAGCCACGCCCCCUCCCCUUAGCCACGCCCACCAGGACACGCCCAUCCCCGCAGGC